AGAAACUAAAAUACUAAUAAUAAUAAUAAUAAUUUCAUUCAUCCAGCAAAAACUUUUCAAAAGUCAGGAUUUUUUUCCAGCCCGACUAAAUCAAUCAAUCACAUCUACAUUUGCCUUUCUGAUAUCCAACAACAACAAACAAACAAACCAACCGACGACAAUAUGCAACCAAAACAAGGCCUAUUACAGGCAGAAAAUUCCUGUAUAAGUGAUGAACAAUUAAAUCAAAUUAUUCGUCGUAAUGAAUCGAUUGAAGAUUAUUAUCAUAUUGAACGGGAAGUUUUUGCACGUGGUAAAUUUGCCUGUGUACGACGUGUAAAACAUCGACAAAAUGGCCGACAAUAUGCAGCCAAAAUAAUGAAACGUCGACGAUUAAGACAUGGUGAUGUUACUGAUGAAAUUUUACAUGAAAUUCGUGUUCUAUUAUCGGUUGCCGAUUCUGAACGUAUUGUACGUUUGUAUGAAGUUUAUGAAACUCGAUUAGAUUUUACAUUGGUACUUGAAUUAGCCGAAGGUGGAGAAUUACAAAAAGUAUUGGAUGAUGAAGAAUCGAUACAAGAAAAACAAUGUCGCCGUCUUAUACGACAAAUAAUCGAAGGUGUACAAUAUUUACAUCAAAAACGUAUUGCCCAUUUAGAUAUCAAGCCACAAAAUAUCUUACUUACUGAUGCUUUACCUGAUGGUCAUGUUAAAUUAUGUGAUUUUGGUAUAUCUCGAAUGAUUGAGGAUCAUUGUGAAGUUCGUGAAAUAAUGGGUACCGUUGAUUAUAUGCCUCCUGAAAUUCUUCAAUAUGAACCAAUAUCAUUAGCAUCGGAUAUGUGGAGUCUUGGUAUUGUAACCUAUGUAUUAUUAAGUGGUCAUAGCCCGUUCGGUGGUGAUGAUAAACAGCAAACGUAUUCAAAUAUAACAAGUAGUGAUCUCGAAUUUCCGGAUAAAUUAUUCGGUCAUAUUAGUGAUGAUGCUAAAAAUUUUAUUAGAAAAUUAUUGAAUCGAGAUCCAAAAAAACGAUUAAAUUGUGAAGAAUGUCUGAAACAUCCUUGGUUAUCAUCUGUAGACAAUAAUAAUAUGGUCGAUGAAACCUUAUCAAUCGAUAAUCUUAAACAUAUAACAAAUGAUUUGAAUAAUCAAACAUCUGAUCUGGAUGAUGAUGAUGAAGAAGAUGAUGAUGAAAAACAUUCAGAUAAUGAUGAUGAAAAUAUGAUUGUUGUAGCCAAAUCUUGUCCAACUUCGGAAUCGAAAUCAUCAUCAAUGACAUUAUCAUCAAUAUGUUCAUUGGAUGAUCAGUUAGAUCCGCAACAACAACGACAAAAUGAUGAUUUAUAUAAAGAUUCAUUAUUGCCAUCAAGUAAUUGUGAUUCUGGUCUAGGUGAAAAUAUCUGUGAUACAAUGUUGAUGACAACAACUGCCGUCAAUAAUGAUAAAAUGGAUAGCUGCCAAAAUUUAAAACAACAAAUCACUAUUGAAUUAUCAACGACAAAUUCUGGUCAACAUUCAAAUGAUAAUAAUAAUGAUGAUGAUAAUAAAGAAAAUCAAAAACCUGAACAGCCUAAACAAAAUCUAUCAAUUCCAAUGAUAAUGACAAAUACAAAAUAUAAUCAUAAACGUCUUUCUUCGGAUAUAUUUCCCGAUCGUAAAUCAAUUAUCGCUAUUGUAUCGAAUUCAUUACAAACAACAUCGAAAAAAUCUACAUCAGAAAGUUCAAUGUCAUCAUCAUCAUUAUCAUCGUCGUCGACGAAGACUACAAUUUCCGGUGAUCGACCAUCACGAACGUUGUUGGUCAAUGUUCAUAAUCAGAUGAUGAUGAUGACGACGGACAAACAACAAAAUAAUAGUAAUUCUAUCAUUAAUGAUCAUUCACCACCAUCAACACCAUCGAAAAAAUUCUAUCUAUCAAUUGAUGAUUAUGAUAAUAUUAAUAAUGAUAAUGUUGAUCAAUGGAAACGAUCACCAUAUUCAAAUAUACGUUCAUUAUCAAUGGAACGUUUAAAUACAACGCCAUCGUUACAUGAUGAUAAUGAUGAUAUUAAUCAUAUAUCGACUAUUCCAUUGGCAACCAUUGAAACACAUUCAAUAACAACAGCAUCUACAAUGGAUAGUUUAUUUGCCAAAAAGAUCAAUGAUAAUAAUAAUGAUAAUCCAUCGUUAUUUCAACAUCAUCAUCAAACUGCCAUGAUGACAAAAACGACAAUCAUUCAUCAUCAAACAACUACUUCACCGAUGAUGAAAAAUAUCGACCAAUAA